UUCCUGGUCUUGUUUCAUUUAUCCAUCAACCACCUGUCGCUUCGCAACACAACGGUUACUGAGAUCCCGUAGAGGCGCAACUGGUCCGGUAUCUCCAGUAAAACUGAGGCAGACAGGUUUCAUAGGUUGAGACGUUCGGACAAGCAUCUGCACGGAUAUAACAGAACCUUGAGGAGAUAUCCACUUAGUGACGGUUGGUAGAUUGGCUGUUGAGCACACGUUUGGUGAAACCGGAGGCAAGGUAGCCCCAUUCGAUCCGCUUCAUAACAGAGGAGGGUCAACGCUCACUACUGUAGUAUGCGGUGGUCCCAGUCGUUACCCUGUCUUCUUCUCCUCGCCGUCUUCUCAUUUUUCUUCGUCCUCGUAAAGGCUGAUGACGUCGUCAUUCAAAAAAGAGCAUAUAAUCAAGAGCUAGAAGAGGCAGUGUACGACCCAAAAAAGAAGAAACCCUUCUGCAAUGCUUUCACAGGGUGCGGGAGGAAACGGUCCGACGAGUCGAUGCCCCUGAUAGAUCUGAACGCUGAGCCAGUCGAGGAGAUAAGUAGGCAGAUCCUCUCCGAGGCCAAACUCUGGGAGGCCAUCCAAGAGGCCAGGCUCGAGCUCCUCAAGAAGCAUGCUGCCCUUGAAAAGUUGCAGAACGCAAGAUUGGAAGCGAAGGGCCUGCCGUUCACGAUGAUGCGACGUCGACGAACAAGCUAUAAGCCGUAUUAAGAACUCUAUUUUCUAUCUUCAUAACUGUCUAAAUGUCUUGAAUUUUGUCUUGAUUUUGUUCUCCCAUUCAUACUCAUCUCACGAAACCUCAUCGUACGAGCGCCAUAUAAAAUAUUGCGAGAUACAAGUAAAAACCCGACACAUCUCACGGGACAAAGAUUUUUACAUCAUUUCGAAGUAAAUAAUAAGAAACAGUAAA